GUGUAUCGUGUAAUUGUGUUACGUUGGGUACAAGAUGGCGGAAAAAUUCCACUGAGUUGAUGAGUUACAACUAAGUUUAAUUUUAUUAUAAUUUUUUCGAAAUUUAUUUAAAGAACAGUGUUUUUAAUUUUGUAUAUUUGGUUUAUACAGUAGUGCACACAUAAAACGCCAAGUUAAUUUUUUAUAAAGACUCAAAAGUUUGAGUAUCCAUUAAACGUAUACUUACGUUUAUUCACUAAACGUAUACAAAUUUACGUUGUAUACAUAAAUUUAUGUAAAGAAACCUGUAUAGCAAACAAAAAUGCCGUUAAGAAGUUUCUUACCAGACCCUAACCAAGUGACUUGGGACAGGUCCGAUGAAAUCCGAGAGCAAAAAUUAAGACAGAGACCUGUGUCAGCUUUGGUUAAAGCUUUUGUGACCGCUCCGCCAUAUGGUCAAAGAAAAGGAUGGAUUCCCCGGAGCGUAGACGACUACGGAGAUGGAGGCGCCUUUCCAGAAAUACACGUAGCUCAGUAUCCUCUGGAAAUGGGUCAAAAGGGCAAAGAAACAUCCAACGCCUUAGCAGUUCAGCUGGACGCCGAGGGAAAAAUAAAAUACGACCUUAUUGCCCGACAAGGUCAUUCAAAAGAUAAAAUCGUAUACAGCAAACUAAGUGACUUAUUGCCCUCUGAAAUAGCCAAUGAGAAUGAUCCGACUCUUGUACGACCUAGCGAGGAAGAACUUGAGGAAAACACCGAGAGAACUCGCAAAGCACUGGAAAAAAUAACGCAGUCAAAAAUAGCCGCUGCUAUGCCGGUCCGUUGCGCUGACAAGCAAGGUCCAGCACAGUAUAUUCGAUACACACCAUCGCAGCAAGGACAGUCGUUCAACUCAGGCGCUAAACAACGUGUUAUUCGGAUGGUUGAAGCUCAAGUAGACCCUAUGGAGCCACCCAAGUUUAGGAUCAACAAAAAAAUACCUCGAGGACCGCCAUCACCACCAGCACCAGUUAUGCAUUCUCCAACUCGUAAAGUUACCGUCAAGGAGCAAAAGGAGUGGAAGAUUCCACCGUGUAUCAGUAACUGGAAGAACGCAAAAGGUUACACGAUUCCUUUGGACAAACGUCUAGCUGCUGAUGGACGGGGUCUGCAAUCAGUCCACGUAAAUGAAAAUUUUGCCAAGCUUGCUGAGGCUCUUUAUAUUGCCGACCGAAAAGCGAGAGAAGCGGUGGAAAUGCGCGCCCAGCUAGAAAAGAAAUUGGCUCAAAAAGAAAAAGAAAAGAAAGAAGAUCAUCUUCGUCAGCUGGCUCAGAAGGCUCGUGAAGAACGGGCUGGAUUGAAGGCUUCUGCGGCUUUGGAAAAAUCCGAAGAAUCUAAAGAAAGAGAUCAACUGAGACAUGAGCGGCAUAAAGACCGUGCACGUGAUAGGAAUCUUGCUCGAGCUGCUCCAGAUAAAAGAUCCAGACUUCAACGGGAGCGUGAACGUGAUAUUAGCGAGCAAAUUGCUCUUGGUAUGCCGGCUAAAAACAUCAAUACUAAUAGCGAUAGUCAGUUUGAUCAACGUCUAUUUAAUACUACAAAGGGAAUCGACACGGGGUAUGGCCCUGAUGACGAGUACAACGUUUACGACAAACCGUGGAGGGACUCAAACACAUUAGCAUCUAAUAUAUACAGAGCCCCUACAAAUGUUGAUAAAGAUAACUACGGAGAAGACUUGGAAAAAAUAGUUAAGACUAAUAGAUUUGUACCAGACAAGGAAUUCACCGGCACUGAUCGCUCGGCACAGCGCACUGGGCCAGUGCAGUUCGAAAAAGACGAGGAAGAAGAGGAUCCUUUUGGGCUUGACAUUUUCUUGCGUCAAGCCAAACGAGCGAGCGCCACUACAGCAAAUUCAUCUUCUGCGACUUCGUCGAAGCGCAAAGACGAAAAAGAUCGGCGCGAUGAUCGUGAGAAACGCCGGAAACAUUAGAUUAAUUUUAUUAUAUUGUAUCAUGUAAUUUUUUUCUUUCUGUAAAGUUAAUCAUUUUAGUGAUAGCGAUUUAAUAAUUUUAAUCGAUAAAAAUAAAUUUUGAAUAAU